AUGUCAAACAUUCAGAAGGUCGAAUAUGAGGCACUCACUGUCUCUGGAGAUAACUACCUCAAAUGGGCCCUUGACACCAAGAUCUACCUCAACUCAAAAAGUCUGGGUGAAUGCAUCAAAGAUCCCAACACCGCGACUCAAACAGAACGGUACUCGGCGAUAUUUAUUAUCUGCCAUCACCUCGCUGAGUCUCUCAAGCAACAAUACCUCACUCUUGAGGAUCCACUCGAACUUUGGGUGGCACUGAAAAAGCGAUAUGACCAUCAGAAAACGGUCAUACUGCCCCAAGCCAAGUUCGACUGGAAGAACCUAUGUGGCGAGGAGGUCACUGAUAAGGAUAUGCUAGAGAAAACAUUCUCUACUUUUGGCACUCCCAAUGUUGUUCUCCAACAACAAUACCGUGCCAUGAAUCAUAACACCUAUGAGGAUUUGAUAUCUUGCUUACUGCUUGCUGAGAAGAACAAUCAGCUUCUGUUGAGGAACAGUGCCAUGCGGCCUCCAGGAUCAGCCCCAUUGCCAGAAGGAACCAGAAAAGAGUCCAACUUCGUCCAACGUAACAGAUCCUCAGAUCGUGGACGUGGACGUGGAAAUGGACAUGGACUGCGCGGCAGAGGACGCGGUAGACCGAACCAAGAUAACCGACCUAACCUCAGUUUUGGUCGGGGUAAGGGUCGUGGUAUCAACAAACCGACCCAAAGAGGCAGUUCAUCUAGACCAACUCCUUGCUCAAGAUGCGGAAUGACUAAUCAUUGGGUCAAGAACUGCCGUACUCCCAAAUAUCUUGCUGAGCUCUACCAGAAGUAUGGGAAAGAUAAUCAUGAGGCUAACCUGGUUCAUCAAGUCAAUGAAGAUGACUCAAAGGAUGAUAAGAUUGAUGGCAUGGAUUAUGAGCUCUCCGACCUUCUUGAUUGA